CUCGCUGGAAAGCGGCUCCGGGCCAGGGGCCAUCGCAAAGCCAGGGUGCGCAACCGGACGGAGGGCAGAGCCCUGCGCUCAGCUAGCAGCACCGCAGCCAAGGCGGAGGCCGAAGAAGGCGCCAGGCACCAAUCCCCGCGUUGCCUCAGUCUUGGAAGCGCCCCAGAGCGCUUCUUGUCCCCGCAGCGGCCACUCCGCCUGAGCCCACCGCGCGGUGCCUCCAACUCUGCGUUGGAAGAAAAACUUCCCGCGCUCCGGCAGAACUGCAGCGCCUCCUAAGUGACUCCGGGCAGCUUCGACUGUAGCCGGCUCUGGGCACACUUUUAAAGAGUGAUAGUAAUCGUUAACUUUAACAAUCCAGAGUGAAGCCAGCCAGGCUCUGCUCUCCCAACCCGAACAAAAGCUCCCUCGCUCGUGGGCUUCUGCGCGCGGUGUCUCCCAAGUCUAAUGCUGCGGGCGGUCCUUGCAGGGUCCAGAAGGCGCAAGCUGGACGGCAACAUGGGGAACGCGGAGUGGGCGCUACGGUCAUGGAGCUCUAGGCCCGCGCCCACGCUGCUGCUGCUCGCGGCGGCCGCGGCUCUGCUCGCAGUGCCGGGCGCACGCGGGCGCCCCGCCGAGGAGGACGAAGAGCUGGUGCUGCCGGCGUUGGAGCGCGCCCCGGGACACGGGACCACCCUCCUCCGCCUGGACGCCUUUGGUGGGUGGCUGCACCUGGAACUGGAGCCGGACCGCGGCUUCCUGGCGCCUGGCUUUACACUCCAGACCGUGGGGCGCAGACCCGAGCCCGAGGCGCCGCGUUCGGACCCAGACGGCGACCUGGCGCACUGCUUCUACUCCGGCACUGUCAAUGGCGACCCCAGCUCGGCCGCCGCCCUUAGUCUCUGCGAGGGCGUGCGCGGCGCUUUCUACCUGCGGGGAGAAGAGUACUUCAUCCAGCCAGCGCCCGCCUCCGCCACCAAGCGCCUAGCCCCCGCCGCCGCAGGGGAGGAGCCGCCGACCGGUCCGCAGUUCCAUCUCCUGCGGCGGAGGCGGCGGGGAGGCAGCGGUGCCAAGUGCGGGGUCACGGACGACGAGACCCUGCCGGCUCGGGGUGCGGGGCCGGAGGACGAGGAGCCUGGGGCGCAGUGGGUGCCGCGGGACCGGGCGCCGCUACGUGCAGGACAGCCGACAGGAACUGGAAGCAUAAGAAAGAAACGAUUUGUGUCCAGCCCCCGCUAUGUGGAAACCAUGCUUGUGGCAGACCAGUCAAUGGCAGAAUUCCAUGGCAGUGGUCUAAAGCAUUACCUUCUCACCUUGUUCUCGGUGGCAGCCAGGCUGUACAAACACCCCAGCAUUCGGAAUUCAGUUAGCCUCGUAGUGGUGAAGAUUUUGGUUAUCUAUGAAGAACAGAAGGGGCCUGAAGUGACCUCCAAUGCUGCCCUCACUCUGCGGAACUUCUGCAACUGGCAAAAGCAGCACAACCCGCCCAGUGACCGGGAUGCAGAGCACUACGACACGGCAAUUCUCUUCACCAGACAGGACUUAUGUGGGGCCCAGACCUGUGAUACGCUCGGGAUGGCUGAUGUCGGAACCGUGUGUGACACAGGCAGAAGCUGCUCAGUCAUAGAAGAUGAUGGUUUACAAGCCGCCUUCACCACAGCCCAUGAAUUAGGGCACGUGUUCAACAUGCCACAUGAUGACGCAAAGCAGUGCGCCAGCCUCAACAGUGUGAAUCGCGAUUCCCACAUGAUGGCGUCCAUGCUUUCCAAUCUGGAUCGCAGCCAGCCAUGGUCCCCCUGCAGUGCCUACAUGAUUACGUCAUUUCUGGAUAACGGUCAUGGGGAAUGUUUGUUGGACAAGCCCCAGAAUCCCAUACAGCUCCCCGCGGAUCUCCCUGGCACCUUGUAUGAUGCCAACCGGCAGUGUCAAUUUACAUUUGGGGAGGAGUCCAAGCACUGCCCUGAUGCAGCCAGCACGUGCACCACCUUGUGGUGUACUGGUACCUCUGGCGGGUUGUUGGUGUGCCAAACCAAACACUUCCCUUGGGCAGACGGCACCAGCUGUGGAGAAGGGAAAUGGUGUGUCAACGGCAAGUGUGUGAACAAGACCGACAAGAAGGAUUUUGAUACUCCUGUUCAUGGAAGCUGGGGGCAGUGGGGACCCUGGGGAGACUGUUCAAGAACCUGCGGUGGAGGAGUACAGUAUACAAUGAGGGAAUGCGACAACCCAGUCCCCAAAAAUGGGGGGAAGUACUGUGAAGGCAAACGAGUGCGCUACAGGUCCUGUAACAUUGAGGAUUGUCCAGAUAAUAACGGAAAAACCUUCAGAGAGGAACAAUGUGAGGCACACAACGAGUUUUCAAAACCUUCCUUCGGGAGCGGGCCAGCGGUGGAGUGGACACCCAAGUAUGCUGGUGUCUCGCCAAAGGACAGGUGUAAGCUCAUCUGUCAAGCCAAACUCAUCGGGUACUUCUUUGUUUUACAGCCCAAGGUCAUAGAUGGUACUCCAUGUAGUCCAGACUCCACCUCUGUCUGUGUGCAAGGACAGUGUGUAAAAGCUGGUUGCGAUCACAUCAUAGACUCCAAAAAGAAGUUUGAUAAAUGUGGCAUUUGUGGAGGAAAUGGAUCCACAUGCAAGAAAAUAUCAGGAUCCGUUACUAGUGCAAAGCAGCGGAAUCAAAGGGGAUCCAGAAACAACGGCAGCUUUCUUGCCAUCAAAGCUGCAGAUGGCACGUAUAUCCUUAAUGGUGACUUCACUUUAUCCACUUUAGAGCAAGAUAUUACGUACAAAGGUGUUGUCCUGAGGUACAGUGGCUCGUCUGCAGCAUUGGAAAGAAUUCGCAGCUUUAGCCCUCUCAAAGAGCCCUUAACCAUCCAGGUUCUCACUGUGGGCAAUGCCCUUCGACCUAAAAUUAAAUACACCUACUUUGUGAAGAAGAAGAAGGAGUCUUUCAACGCUAUCCCUACUUUUUCAGAAUGGGUCAUUGAAGAGUGGGGUGAAUGCUCUAAGUCAUGUGGAUUGGGUUGGCAGAGAAGAGUGGUAGAAUGCCGAGACAUUAACGGGCAGCCUGCUUCAGAGUGUGCGAAGGAAGUGAAGCCAGCCAGCACCAGACCUUGUGCGGACCUGCCCUGCCCCCACUGGCAGCUGGGGGACUGGUCGCCCUGUUCCAAGACUUGUGGGAAGGGUUACAAAAAGAGAACCUUGAAGUGUCUGUCCCAUGAUGGGGGGGUGUUAUCUCACGAGAGCUGCGAUCCUUUAAAGAAACCUAAACAUUACAUAGACUUUUGCAUGAUGGCGGAAUGCAGUUAAGCAGCGUCAGGUUCGAGGGUGAGGCAGAGUGAGGAAGGACCGAGGCACUGACAGCGAGGGGGCUGGAGGCAUCCAGUGGAUAUUGCCGGUAACCCGUGAGGUGGGAUGUUAAAGUGGGAUUGUGGAGGUAGGUUGGAGAAGGAGUUAAAUCGUCAGAGUAAACUGCCAGUGACAAAUUUGGUAGGGUAGUUAAUGAGGAUUAUUAACCUCUGAGCAGUGAUAUAGCAUGAUAAAGCCCCAGGGCAGCAUUAUUAUUAUUUCUUUUGUUACAUCUAUCACAAGUCUUACAAAAAACAGGAGCAAUUAUCGAAAAAAGUAAGAACUCUUACCACCCCGGUUUCCUGGUACUGAUUAAACACUUUGUGUCAUGGGGAUUAAGGAAGGAAAAGUAGGAGAAAGGUGAGAUUUUGUUUAAGACCUGGCUUACUAAUCAAGGAGGGAGAGAAGAGUCCAAGUAGGAUCUUAGACCAGCGCUCUUGAGGGCUCCUUUGGUUUCAGAGAGUGUUUUUCCAUCUUUUCUACCAAGACCUAAGAGUUCAGGUUCUUCAACAUGAGAGGAGGUCUUAGCAAUGUGAGAUGACUCAAAUGGCUCAAUCUUUACUUUCUUAUCACCUCAGUCUUUAUUUGUAUAAUUCGUUUGGAGGAAGAAACUAUUCCAUAUAUUGAUAAAAUAGGAUCAAGUCUAUCUACAAAGGUAAAAAAAUAAAAAAUAAACAGUAAAGUAUCAGGUGCUGGUUAAAGCUAGAGGGGACACAUUGUGCUCGGUCCUGCCAACCUUUCUUUCCUACUGUGUAAACCCACUUCGGUAAUGUAGAUGUGAAAAGUCUCAAAAAGGUAAAAUCACACAAAAAGUUUAUAAUGCCAGAACAAGCAUGGGGUGUGUAGCACAGGGUCCCACAGGUCUGGGGACACUGAAGUCACUUGUCUCGUGGUGAGGAGUCUGCUUAGGGCUGGCCGGUCCAUCCCUGGCAGCUGGCCCAACAGUCGUAUCCUGGUGAAUGUCUGUUUAGCUCUUUUGUGAGAAAGAAUACGACUUUCCGUAUGUAUAUAGUAAAAUAUGUUACUAUAAAUUAAUGUACUUUAUAAGUAUUCGUUUGUGUGUUCCUUCCAAGAAGGACUGUAGUUUGUAAUAAAUGCCUAUAAUAACAUAUUUAUUUUUAUACAUUUAUUUCUAAUAAAACGAUUAAGUUAUAUCGCUUUUGUAAAAGUACAUAUAAAAAUAGAGUAUUUAUACAAUAUAUGUUACUAGAAACAAUAAAAGAACACUUUU